AUGACCGCAAGAGCCAAGAUCCGGCGUCCAACCAUGCCAUCAUCCACCAAUCAAUCGAUGGAUCGCCGGCUGUGCGCACAGCAGUCCGACCGGGUAUUGGCAAAAGAUGAAGAUGCUAUCAAGUGUUCGGCCGAUGCGCUCGGACCUGCGAGCUCUGAGGCGGUGUCGGCGGCGGCCGAAGCUGGCGUGGGAUCUUCGCAUUGCCCGCUGCCUCGUCGCGCGUCGUUCGCCUCUGAAUCGCCGAUCGCCAACGCGUGA